CUACUCAUUCUGCAGGAGAGCAAAGUUACACAAGCAGUGUUGUUUCAUCCUGGGACAAAGACACUGGAACUUCAUUAAGAACGACAGGGACAAAGAUGAGGUCCAGGUUUUCCAAUGCUGCUGCUAAAUCAAAGCAUGAGCUGCCGUGUGUCCAGAAUUACCAUCGGAUACAAGAGAGCCAUCCACCCACCUAUUGUAUCAGAGCUGCAGGAGUGCUGAGGUACAAUCGUGAGUCCGAUGACAACAGGAUAAACGUUCCAACCGUUCUUCAGGAGCUCCCACCUCUGGCAGAAUUGGCACUGAAGUGUGAGUACUGUGGAGAAAAGGCCAGACCAUCACUCGGUCUAACACGGCUGCAGGAGCCUGAGACAGCUCCACACUUUUGUUGUGCUCAGCAUCAGCAGCUGUGUGAGAUGCUGGUGAAGGAGAGAGCUUUGUGUGAGGGGACAUGUGACCUGCCAGCUGUAAAGGAGGAGGAGGAUGACAACAAGUUUUUCGAAGACAUACCAAUUGGACUUGGAGCACAGUCAGAGGUGAAAAUCAAUAAGGGUUACUCAAUCCAAGCUGCGACAGAAACAUUCGCCCCUGCAUCAAACAUCCUCCGCUUCCGGCUCUCUUGUGCUCCAGGAAAAGGAAACUGGACAGUGUGUUCUAGUGGAGCGCCUGAGAGGUGCUUGAAAACUGAACAGGAGGAGCCUCAGGCGUUGGUCCCCUGUUGUGACCACAAGCCUCUUAAGUUUGGCAUAUGUCAUCACCAGGAUGGGGCAGAAUUUCUUCAAAAAUAUUAUUCCAGUGGCAAAACAUUUCUUACCUUGUUCCGUGGCGGCUCCGCUCAGGUCUUUUAUCCCUCAGGCCACUUGGCUCUUGUUGUGGUCACUGAAGAGAAUGGAAGUGUCUGCAUCGUGUAUGAUGACAGCAAGGCCCCCAAUCCAGCGAUGAGAGCCGUGUUCCAGUCUGAUGGCAGGGCUGCAUGUUACCACAGCAAUGGAAACAUAUGGCUGUCCUUAAACACAUCAGGGGGUCAGUGUUUGGACGAGGCAGGUGCCAGAAUUCGUCGGUGGAGGUGGGACGGUCCCCUGCACCCCGUCUUCUUAUCCCUCAACAAAGCUGUUGGGGUCCGAGUCAUCGGGAGGAAACAAGUGUUUGUUUCCUUCCUGGCUCAAGGCCAACAAGCAAAGUUUAGCGUGGGCACCUGCUGUGCUCAGUGAGAAACAACUGACUGCCCAUUACUACUGCCCAAAAACUGCAGGACUACAAUUUCAUACCGAAGAUCAAACCGUUUUUUAAAAGGCUUUGACCCAGGGUUUUCUCUGUCUCUCCACCUGUUAAUUGUUUUUGACAACUUGUUAACUUUUCAGUUGUUUUUUUUAUUUCAAUGUACAUAUUUUAAUCGUACAAUAUAUAAGAAGGACAGCAAAACACUACAGCCCACAGUGAAAAGAUUGGAGAGCGUUGUCUCCCCCGAGUCCCUGCACUCACAGGUUGAGGACCCUGAACCACGAGUGCAAAACGAGCACAUUAUACUUUGACAAUGAAUGCAGACGAGUCC